GACAGCCAUGUCGCUGAACAAGUCUCUGCUAUUUGCUCUUUUCGGCCUGUUGGCCACGCUUGCUGUUGGCCAAGCGGAACGUGUCCGCUAUGACAACUAUCGCCUCUACAAGGCCAAUUCAGCGAACGAGGCUCAACUCGCCGUGCUGAAGGAUUUGGAGGGUUCCUCCGACUCCAUCCUCUUCCUAGAUGGUGUGCACAUUGUGGGUAAAGAUGUUCAGAUGGUUGUCGCUCCCCACAAGGUGCCCGAUCUAUUGGACCUGUUGGGCAGGGCUGAGAUUAAAUACGAGCUGCAAUCGAAGGAUUUCCAAAAAUCUAUGGAUGAAGUCGACGAGAAGGUUGCCAUCAAGGGACGCGUUGGCAUGACGGGACGCGCCGACGACCAAUACAACUGGGAACAGUACUAUGAAUUAGAGGAUACCUACACCUGGAUGAUUCAGCUGGCCAGGGAUUAUCCCCAUGUUGUCACACUGAUUGAGGGUGGCAAGACCUAUCAGCGCCGUUCUAUUCUGGGUGUUAAGAUCUCCAAGAGUCUGUCUGAAAAGCCCGGCAUCUUCCUGGAGGCUGGCAUUCAUGCUCGCGAAUGGAUUUCUCCCGCCGCUAGUACCUUCAUCAUCAACCAGCUGCUGACCUCUGAGGUGGACUCCAUCAAGGAGUUGGCCGACAACUACAACUGGUACGUCUUCCCCCAUGCCAAUCCCGAUGGCUAUGUGUACACUCACACCACGAAUCGCUUGUGGCGCAAGACUCGCACUCCCUAUGGCAGCUGCUUUGGCGCUGAUCCUAACCGCAACUGGGGCUUCCAUUGGAACGAGGCGGGCGCCAGCGAUAGUGCCUGCUCUGAAACCUAUGCCGGUCCCGAGGCCUUCUCUGAGAUCGAGACUUAUUCGCUGUCGCAAUACAUUGCUUCGAUAAAGGACAAGAUUCAGCUGUACAUCUCGCUCCACUCUUACUCUCAGUAUCUGCUGUAUCCUUAUGGCCACACCAAUGAGCUGCCCGAUAAUGUCAAGGACUUCGAACAAGUGUUUGAUGCUGCUAUCGCGGCUGUCUCGCAGCGCUACAACACCAGGUACACUGGUGGCAACGUCUAUGAUGCCAUCUACCCUGCAGCUGGUUCCAGCACUGAUUGGGCUUAUGGCACUCAGGAUGUGCGUAUGACUUUCUGCUAUGAGCUGCGCCCGUCCUCCAACUCCAUCCUUACUGGCUUCAGACUGCCCGCUGAGCAGAUUAUUCCCGCCAGCGAGGAGUUGCUGGACUCCAUUGUCGCCAUGGCUACCGAGGUCAAGGCUUUGGGCUAUUUCGAUAAAUAAACGACUUCAAUUGUUGUCCAUAUAUAAAACUGAAUUUUAUUAA